AUGAACAGCCUGCCUGACGAGAUUCUGUCUAGGAUUCUCUUCCUCGCAGCAACCACCGACAACUCUCAAGUCGACGCUGCCGCGAGCGACGCAGGUCCCAGCGUCGAGUCCGAUGUCAGCCCGUGCCAUGGCUUGGGGAUGGUGUCGAAGCGAUGGGCCUCGCUGCUGCCCGUCGUGCGCAUCAACGCUCCUGCCGAUUCUCCACCUCGUCGGGAGGAAUAUUACCGUUACUACGAAUCAGGUUUUAUUCAAUAUACGGAUAAAAAUCUGCUUCCCGUCCCCAAGCUCUCCACGCCCGCGCUCCUCCGCACGCUGUCCCGCGCACCGAGCGUGACUUCCCUCACGCUGGGCGACGGCGCAGUCGAUUUCUACGAUGAUAGCUUCCUUACCUCGCUGCUCGCCGCCUCUCCCAAGCUGACCUGCUUGACCCUCGGCGAGCCUCGUUUCACCGACGCACCGCCGCCCUUCACCAUCAGCUUCGCGUCGCUCAACUCAUUCUUCCGCGCCGCAGCGCCGCAGUUACAGGAGCUCGCGCUGCUGCUUCCUUACGAGGCCAGGAAGCAUCUUGAUUCGAUUUCGUCGCUGUCGUCGCUGCGCGUGCUUCGCCUCCACUCCAACACGAUUCAACAGCUCCCGGACGGAUUGUGCCAUCUGCCCGCGCUCCAGGAACUGCAGUUCAGCUGCUCGAUGCUGUGGGAUGUGCCCGAGGACUUCGGGCAGCUGAAAGCUUUGACGCGCCUAUCCAUCGUCGACAGCCAGAACGGCGCGCACAGCCUGCCCGAUUCUCUGGGCGACCUCUCGUCGCUCACCUCGCUCUGCAUAGCCUUCCCGUGCGGCCGACUCCCGAGUAGCGUCACCGCGUUGCAUCAGCUGCGGCGCCUGCAGCUUCGACGCUACGACAGCGACUUUCCAGACGGGUGCGAAGCGUGGACGCGGCUGGAAGAGGUUUCGCUCGAGAAAUGCAGCGUGCGCUCUUUCCCCCCUGCGUGGCUAAAAACCCUAAAGCGCCUCACUGUUCGCUCCUGCCAGAACAUGGAGGCUCUUCCUUUAGACGCCGUUGUUCGGGGCUCACCGCUGCGUCACUUGACUUUCGAGGGAGGCCUGCACCCUUUACCGCUCCACCCUCUCAGCCAACUAUCCUCUCUCCAACGACUCAAGGUCUCGGUUCAAGAUCUCUUCUGGCGCUUCACUACUGGGGAUGAGGACUUCCCUAUGGGCUUGUUGGCGUUGCCGUCGCUGUCGCACGUGAGCGUGGACAGGGUGGCAUGGGUGGAGCAAGGCAACGCGCCCAAAGGGUCUUUGCUGGCCUAUCUGCCUCUCGCCCUCGCUUCGGAAACCGCCGCUGCUGCCGAUGCCUCGGCGGCCGCAGCUGCUGCAGCUGCCGCUCCUCCUGCUGCUGCUGCUCUUGCUGCUGCCGCUGCUAGUGCUGCUGCUGCUUUUGCCACUGCUGCUGCUGCUGCCGCUGCAGCCGCCACCGCCGCCGCCACCGCCGCCGCUCAAGCCGAGUGCUCGUUUCUCGGCCCCUCGUUGCAGCACCUAGAAUUGAGCUUAGCGCUGGAGUCGCUAGAGCUGAAAGAGCGUGUGUCGGAUAAGGAAGCUGCGUCAUAUAGAAGCAUGUUAGCCAGGAUGGCUAGAGGAGAAGAGCCGCAGCCUGAAAGACAUGGGUCUGCUGCCGCGCCUAGAGGCGCUACUUCUACGGGAAUGUUUGGCACUCAGGACUCUGCCUGA